GCAACGUGAUAUAAAAUAUGUUGUUAAUCCUAAUGGAAUGGUUAUUGUGAAAAAAAUAAAUCUUAAUAUAUACGUUAUUCAUUUCUGGAAUUAAAGAUCAUAAACUUAUCGCCGGCGAGUUAAUUUCACAACUACGAGAAAAACAAAAUGAAUGCAGGCGUACACACCGCGGUCACGUGACCUCCAUUCCUACCAGGUGAGUCUUUUGUCAAAUUUGGUUUGUAAAGCAGUAUGCCUAGUCUAGCUAGCCGCCAAUCAUUAUCCAGACAUGUGCACGGUGCUUUGUGAGAAGUGUGCGUUAUUAUUUUGCAAAUUUAAGCUUCGUUUUAGAAAUAUCUGCAAAGAAAUCGCGCAUGAGAUUGCAGAGUUUUUCUCACAGCUGGCUGAAUGCAACUGUCUGAGCCGUACACCUCCGAGGAGGAGACAGAGGAGCGCCUCCGACCACCUGCUCCUACCGCUCCUGAAGACAGGUGACCAUGCCCUUGUGCUUAAUGAAGAAUGCUUCGAGGCAUUGAACGAUCUGGCAGCAUCGGUUUACGCCGAUCUUCAAGAAGCAGCAGCUCUGUAUUAUCUGUACUUGAGCCAUUGUCUGGAGUCUCCCCUGCCAGCCUCCUUCAUGGGGCCGUUGAUGUCCUUGCUCUUCUCCCCUCAUCCUGAUGUCCAGAAGACCACCUGCCUCUCCUUGGUCAACCUGCUGGUAAAGAGGAACGUGUGCGAGGAGCUGGCGUUUGAGAUGGGCGUGCUGCCUCCCCUGCUGGAGAUAGUGCAGGCUGGGGACCCGGGGGCCCGCUGUCACGCCUGUGCGUGUGUCACCAUGCUGGCCUCUUCAGAAUCAAACAGUGAUGCUCUUGUGUCGGAGGGAGUGAUACCCUUGCUGGUUCUAGCCAAGUCCUUUGAUCCUCAAGUCCAGCAGAAUGCAGCGUGGGUGCUGUUGAACCUCACACAGUCAGUGCGCUCCCGGAGGGUGCUGUGCCGGGCGGGGGCGGUGCCCGUGCUGGUGGUGCUGCUGCAGUGCGCCGACUCCAGGGUGCAGUUCUACGGCUGCUCCGCCCUGCUCCACCUGGCGGCGGACCCCGAGCACCACGCCCGCCUGCUGCACAUCGGGGAGCGCUACCUGCUCAAGGCCCUGCUCACGCUCAUGGCCUCGCCGGUCAGCAAGAAUGCAUGCCAAGCGUGUAAAUGCCUUGAAAUGCUCUGCAGAAAUGUGGCGGUGCAGGACCAGCUGCUGGAGCUGGACUGCGUUCGGCCCCUGAAGACGCUGCUGUCCUCCCCCGUGCUGCAGUGUGUGCAGUCGGCCCUCACACUGCUGUCAGCCCUCGCCACACAUCCAGCGUUCCACGAGGUUCUGGUGAGCGAGGGCGUGUGUGACCUGAUGGGUCCGAUGCUGCGGCGCCACGGAUCCAGCUGUGACGUCAUCAUGCAGAGCUGCGCCAGCGUCCUCUCUCUGGGCGGCUCCUGCUUGGGCCGACAGGCACUGAUGGAAAGCGAGUGUUUGCCCGGCCUUCUCCAGGCCCUCGUCUCCCCGGGGACCCCUGUGAAAGCUCUGAUUCGCCUCACUUCCUGCUUGCAUCGCCUGAUGUCCUUUGAGGCACUUCAGUCGCACUUGUCAAUAAUGAUGACAUCGGAAGAAGUUUUAAGACUGGUAAAAUCAUCCGGACCCAACGGAAAUCUUCAGCUGACAUACAACUGUAUCGCCAUCCUCAGCACAUUACAAAUGAAUGGGCAAGUAAUCGGAUUACUGAGACCGCACUACCGCCUCUUGAUGGGAAUCAUCGUUUCCUUGUUCAAGAACCAGGAGCUCAAAUUUCAGCAUCUUGGCAUUACAGCGCUAUGCAACCUCAUUCAAGAUGCAGACUUCAGGGCGGUGCUGUCGGGCAGCGAGCUGGAGACGGAGGUGCUUCGGCUGAGCGAGCGGACGGAGGAGACCAGACAGCUGCUGAGCCUCACCGGGAUCCCUCCCGCCUCCCCUCAGGAGCCCUGACCCGCACGUCGCACCCCCCCGGCGCGGCGCAGGAGUCCACACCUUUUUUUAUUCACGGCCAAUUUGUAGCGUUUCUUUUUUAAGUUAGUAUAUUUUUUAGCAAUUUUUACAUCUCGAAGUAUACAGUCAUUUGGCAUGCAUUUUGAUGUGUCUCUACGAUUUAUAUCGUUUUUUUAAGCCGUUUUUACAUUUUUAAGUAUACUGUCAUUUUGCAUACCUUUGUUAUGUCUCCGUCAUCUGCAAGGUUCCAAUCAGCACAGAGACAUGGGGCUUAAGGUCGAGUUUAAUCUAAUAUGGCGUACAUGUUCCAGUUUUACCAUAGGUUAUAAGGAUCCACUUUACAGGUGUGAUAACUAGUGGUGGCAUAUCAGGAAGAUCACACACACUUGGAAAGGUUGCAUUUGUGGUAACACUUUUAACGUAGCAAUAAACCGACUUAAGCCCUACACCUAAAGCUUUGCAUUGUAAAAUGAUUACCAUUUUUAAAUAAAAUAACACUUUAUGCACAA